CAUAAUACGGCUGCGCCCAAACCCGUAAGUGAACUAGGGAAGUGGGUGAACGACUUUGUUCUUCACGCGACAACGUCAAACAUCCACCGACUGGGCACGGUCAACUACGUCACUUCCUGUAUCGACGAUUGUCGACGAUUGAUUCUUGUGCUCAGCAGUUGUUUGCAAGAGGAGUUUGAGUUCAUGCAGUGGUGAACUUUAGCCGGGGAUCUUCAGGAAAUAACAAAGUUGCAUGCAUCAAGAUGGUCAGGCCAUACUCUGGAUCUCCUCGUCCAAAACACAGGCUGUUCUCCCACUCCUUUGGCUCCCAGGAGCCCCACAGCAGAAUGGAGCAUGCAGAUCAUUAUGGCUCCCACUCCAGGGAUCAGAGGGACUUUCGUGGCGCUCUUGUCAAGGCUCCUGGCUGGAGGGAGCCUAGAGGCAGUGGCCCCCCGCAGGGCAGAGCCCCCCAUUUUGUGAAGAGGCCCCGCCUUAUGGAUGAGUGGAGAGAACCAGUUCAGCACUUUCAUCGACCAGCAGCCCAUUGGCAGCCCCAGCCUCAGGGGCGCUUUGAUGACUACGCCUCCCGGCCUGACCGCCUCUCCCCAGAUCCCCACCGCAGCCACCGGAGGCUGUCUCCGCCCAGGCAGAGCCACUCGCCCCCAGCCCCUCACCGGCAGCCCGCGCACAGCCCAGUGCAUGGACCCCCAGCCCACAGGAGGCCCUCCCCAUGGGAACGCUUCCCCAGACCACACCCUGGGCACAGGCCCCCCUCGCCCCACCACUUCCAUGGCAACAUGAGGCCGCCAUCUCCCAUGGCUCACCAUGGUCCUUACAGGGGCCCACACAGGCGCCCAGGCCCUGCUGCAGAGCAGGACAGGAGCCGGGACCACGGGUCUGGCAGGGAACACAAUCCCGGAGAGAGCCGGUUCAGUCGCCUGGCACGCGGGGAGCGCUGGAACGGGACGGAGGGCUUCAGUCGACCCCGAUCCGGGGAGCGAAGAUUCUCCAACUCUCCCCAGAGGAAGUCCCAGGAGUUUCACAGUAGGAUCUCAUAUCCAGAGAGGUUGUCCACUGAGCGAGAGGCCAGAAGGCACAGUGAGAGUGAGAGGGAGAUGGAGGAGGGCAGACGCAGCACAGAGUGGGGGGAGGAAAAUAGCCCCCACCGCCCAUACCGAUCGCCCAAAUGGAAAGCGGGCUCCCCCCCUUCCUCCUCUCCCAGAUUCCACCAGCACCACCACCCCCAGGAGAGGCCCGCUGGGCGACCGAUGAAGAGGAAGCAUCUGGACAGCAGGCCGCACCCGGAGAGCAGGCCGCCCCCCGCCACCCAGGAGUUUGAGCACUGCCCCAAGCGAAUGCGGAGGGAGACGCCCCAACGCUUCCACACUGCCAGAGGCUACGGAGGCCGCGCCCUCUCGCUCAAAGACAAGAGCCGCCUGCUGAAGGGAAGGAGGCUGAGGGAAGCGUCAGAAGCAAGGCACAAGGUGUCCCCUGUGCAAGCCCCGAAGCUGAAACGGCCCAAGCCGCAGCUGCAGAAGGAGGAGGAGGACCAGCGUCCAUCCAUCAGAAAAGCCCAGCCGGCGGCCACAGUGAGGAGUGAGCAGCCCGAGGCAGCCAAGGCUCGGGCCCUGAAGAAGAAGAGCGUGAAGAGGGUGCCUCUUGCUCCUGACACCACAGCUCACACUGAGGGAGAGACGGAGACGCUCACCAUCAAGGUGGACACACGCCACACCCUGACCACUCACAGCUCCUCCCCCUCGGAUCGGCAGCUUUCCCGGGAUCUUGUCUCAGUGUCCCGACGGGGCCAAGGAUCCAGGCCUGAUGGGAAAGCCGGCUCUCCCUGGAAGGGCAGAACCCAGAAGACCCAGAAAGGUGACUUUGGCCCAGAACUCAUCACUUUAGUCCACCAAGUCAAAGAGAGCUUCUUCAGUUCCCAUGGAAACAUCACAUUGAACGAGCGCUUCUCAAAGCUGCAGGAGUCCUCCUCAACCCGUGACCAGAACAGGCGGUACUGCGGCCUAAAGAGACAAGUUGAUGUACCCUUGCUGAACCACAAGACAGUCAAACCUGUGAAGAUAAUGGGACCACCCCAGAGACCCAGCCUCCGCCCCUCCAGUCCUGGACGGAAACAGCCCCACAUCCCUCGCAGGCCCUAUGCUGAGGCUCCGGGACAUAUCAGCCGCUUCGGACAUUUCCGGAGGCCGCUGAUGGCAAGCCUUGUACCUCGCCCCCCGUUCCAACAGAAGCCGGGCUUCAAGAAGAGCCAGAGCAUAAUGUCCAAGUACCGGCACCUGCAGGCACUACGGCACAGAGGCCCCGCUCAUCGCCACUAAGGAGUGAAUGGGGGACCGGAGGACAGAGGGGACAUAACACGUGGGGUGCACCAUAUGAUCAGCCUUGCUACGUUCUGCCAUCCCUACGAAGGACCCGUCUGCGCAGAGCAGCCCGCCUGAGGAAACUGGGCAGGCUUUACCCAGGGAGCAUUCUGAUAUGAGAACGAACAAGAACACUGCCUUCGCGGCCCGCGUUUGUCCUGGUGUGUCGGCAUUGCAGUGGGUUUCCUAUCCAUCAUUUAGAGGUUGUCCAAGGGUAACGUCCUUAGCACACAGUUGGUAUCUGUAAAUACAGUUUAGGUUUCUGUGACAGAAUGAGUGGAUUAUAUUAGAAUUGUGUGUUAAUGUAAUUAAAACUAUUAAGUGAUUGUUUUUAUGUCCUGUGGUGUGGAAAUGGGCCUAACUAAAAACUUCAUGUUGUCGUUUUUCCAUUUUACCCUUAAACUAUACCAUGCUCUGGGUGCCAGGGGUGUCUUUUUGUUUGUACCAAGUCAUCAUGUUAAUGGAUUGGGAAGUGUUUUUAGUUUGCUGCUUCUGUACUUAUUUAUUUUUGAUUUGUUCAGAAAAAAAGGCUUUUGUUUAUAUGUUUCUGUGAACAUUUUCAUUACCUUAUUUCAACUCCACAAAGCGCCUUGGUGUUCUGCAUGUAAUCUUAAAGGUAGGUGGUUAAAAAUUAAAGCAGUCAUAUUUUUCAAAUGAAUUUCUGAAAAAAAGUGUUAAACCUGUGGUAGUUAUUCACACCGUUCAUCGUGAGUAUUUGGAUAACAGCUAAUUG